AUGAAUAUGCUCAGUUUGCUGAUAUUUUUCGGCUCAUUAUUUCUAGUAGUUCAUCCAUUUCUGUUAUCGAAUGACGACGAGCCACAAAGAUGUUAUGAGUUGGAGUUGGAGAACUGUUUUCGUGAAGCAUUUCUGUCAGCAAUUCAUCCACCAAUAUUUCAUAAACGAGAUGUCACUAUAACGUAUAAUGAGACUACUGUAGCUCCAGAUGAUCGACCAAUGGAUAAGAAGAAACGAGUACGACAAAUACAAAUCUGUCACGAUGUGCGAAAGUUUUCAUCUUGUUUCAUUCGUCCUGGAUGUUCAGACCAACAAGCGGCAAAUAUCGCUUCUGUUCAAUACCAUAUGGUUUUUGGAAAGAAAUUACCCAUGCAUGUCUUUCUCGCUUAUAGAGGAUAUGGUAGAGAGCUUUGUGAUCAACAGUGCUAUGGGAAUAAUAUGCAGAAAUGUAAAAACAAAAUGAGUCAAGACGAGCAGCAAGAAGAGCAAGGAUACAUUCUCGAAUUGUCAUCAAUCAUCGGUCAUAUUGCGCCAGAUAGAGAUGUUACUGUGGCAUGUAGUCGAUUUAAUAAAUUACUUAUAAAUUUAAUGCGACUCCGAAAAACGCAUUGUGGAGAAAUGGCUCGAUGCACUUGUACAGAUAGCACUGUUCAGCAGGGUGUGGACGGCUGCAACUCGGGAUGCGAACGUCUUCUACAUUUGGACUUGGAUCAACUGGUCAAUAGUACUCAAAACUCCCCAAUUUCUUUCUUCCUAUGCAAUCUUUUCCUUCUUCUUUCCUAUGUGUUCAUUGUGAUUUAG